GCUGAAAACCAGCGUUGGGGUUCUGGACAGAGGACCAGCCAACUGUAAAACGGCGUCAGCGAAUGGAGCGGCAGUAAUGACGGUUCUUACUUUUCGCAAGGAAUCGGUCCUCACUGAGAACUGCCAUUGCAUUAAUUAGAAGGAGCGAAACGUAAAGAAUUGUUCCGAGCGUGAGCAUCGUUCCGCUCGCAGUGAUGGGUUGCGGACUGUUCUAUAUUGUGCAAACGUGUUGGAGCAACGUGACUUCUCGUGACCGUGACAAAGAACCUUUGCAGGAUGCAGUCUGUCGCAAGACAAGUCCGAUGCGCGAGUCAUUUAGGUACUCCAGUGCAGUUUCGCAUAACUUCAUCCCGCAUUCAAUGGCAGUGUCAACAGAGAGCAGCAAGUUCCUAUAAUCCUUUGCAAUGGAUUCAGGAGAAGUUUGCCCCGAAGGCAAGGAAAGUGGAUCCAGUAGAAGAGAAGAAAAGAGGUGAGCAGGAGACACAGGGUCAGCAGAGUGUGUUUGAGGCAGCUGUGAGUCGCGAGAAGGAGGGCCGACCCAAGGCAAUAUCUGCCGAAAGCGCUCCUACUGUCCUCAAGAAGAAGGCUACUCAACACAAAUACUCCACGGCUAACUUCAAAAUCUCACAUAGGAAGCUCAAUAUGAUUGGCCGACAGAUAUCUGGAAAGCCAAUUGACCAUGCUAUCGUGCAAAUGCAGUUUAGUGAGAAGCGAGCCACAAACCGGAUAAAGAGCAUGUUGGCGACAGCUAAACUUCAUGCGACGGUAUACAAAAAUAUGAAUCCUUCCAAACUCGUCGUUUCGGAAGCCUGGGUGACCAAAGGACCCAAGCAACUAAAACGACUUGAGCCUCGGGGACGUGGCAAGUUCGGUAUCAGAGUUCACCCCGAUUCGCGCAUGCAUGUGAUCUUAAGGGAAGGGAAGACAUUCGAGCAGUUGAAAAAGGAGCAACGUGAACGGCGUUUGAGAAGAAUAGUCUCCGCAGGGUUGGUUCGGGAGGAUGUACCGCUCAGAAACCCCGCCCGGACCUGGCAGUGGUAGCGGUUGUUUCUAGCUUUAAUUACAAUUUCAGUUGAAAUAUAAUCGUGCUUUUGUUCAAGUGUGAGCCUAUGAGAGCUCUUCAAA